UGGGGCUGCAGGCGGCGGGGGGCGCAGCUUGGCGCCGGAGAGCAAAGGCCGUUCCUGCGCCUUCUGCACCUCGCGUCUGUCCCACCGCCCCAGAGCCGGGGCAGAAUGUCGGAGUCCAGAAAGAGGGGCCAAGGCCGCGGCAAGAAGCACCGAGAGGGGAGGAAGCGGGAGCGGGAGCGGGAGCCAGAGCCGGAGCGGGAGCCCGACCCGGGGGAGAAAGCCACCCGGCCCAAGCUGAAGAAGAUGAAGAGUCAGACGGGACAGGUGGGGGAGAAACAAUCGCUGAAGUGUGAGGCAGUGGCCGGUAACCCCCUGCCCUCCUACCGCUGGUUCAAGGAUGGCAAGGAGCUCAACCGCAGCCGCGACAUUCGCAUCAAGUACGGUAAUGGCAGAAAGAACUCACGACUACAGUUCAACAAGGUGAAAGUGGAGGACGCAGGGGAGUACGUCUGCGAGGCUGAGAACAUCCUGGGGAAGGACACAGUCAGAGGCCGGCUCUACGUCAACAGCGUGAGCACCACUCUGUCAUCCUGGUCGGGGCACGCCCGGAAGUGCAACGAGACAGCCAAGUCCUAUUGUGUCAAUGGAGGCGUCUGCUACUACAUCGAGGGCAUCAACCAGCUCUCCUGCAAGUGUCCUGUGGGAUACACCGGGGACAGGUGUCAGCAGUUCGCAAUGGUCAACUUCUCCAAGCACCUGGGAUUUGAACUAAAGGAAGCUGAGGAGCUGUACCAGAAGAGGGUCCUGACUAUCACUGGCAUCUGCGUGGCUCUGCUUGUUGUGGGCAUCGUCUGCGUGGUCGCCUACUGCAAGACCAAAAAACAGCGGAAGCAGGUGCACAACCACCUCCGGCAGAACAUGUGUCCAGCCCAUCAGAACCGGAGCCUGGCGAAUGGACCCAGUCACCCCCGGCUGGACCCUGAGGAGAUCCAGAUGGCAGAUUAUAUCUCCAAGAACGUGCCAGCGACAGACCACGUCAUCCGAAGGGAAACCGAGACCACCUUCUCCGGGAGCCACUCCUGUUCUCCGUCUCACCACUGCUCCACAGCCACACCCACUUCCAGCCACAGGCAUGAGAGCCACACAUGGAGCCUGGAACGUUCUGAGAGCCUGACCUCCGACUCCCAGUCAGGCAUCAUGCUGUCAUCAGUGGGUACCAGCAAGUGCAACAGCCCAGCAUGCGUGGAGGCCCGAGCACGGCGGGCAGCAGCCUACAGCCUGGAAGAGCAGCGCAGGGCCACUGUGCCUCCUUACCAUGACUCCAUAGACUCCCUGCGUGACUCUCCACACAGCGAGAGGUACGUGUCGGCCCUGACCACGCCCGCGCGCCUCUCUCCGGUGGACUUCCACUACUCGCUGGCCACGCAGGUGCCGACUUUCGAGAUCACAUCCCCCAACUCGGCGCACGCCGUGUCGCUGCCGCCAGCCGCGCCCAUCAGCUACCGCCUGGUAUCCCCCUGGCUGCCGGGGAACCUGGCCAAGGGGCUGACGCAAAUGACUCUGCUUCAAGCUCAGCUUCAGAACCCUGGCCCAGUUCCUGCCCUGGAGCUACAGGGGCCCGACUGA